GGAUGGAAGACUGUUCACAUGUCAUUCUGGACUUCAUGUCUAGAGAGCUAUAAGUGACUUUGCCGCAUCGGUUUGAUAUCAGAGACGAAGUCCAACUUCCCACUGCAUGGUCACGCGUCGAUCAGUGGGUAAUCAGUUGUGGUGACUGUCUGUCUUAUAGGACUAAAGGAAUAAUAUCUGUACCAUAAGUUAAAAUAUCACUUUUCGGGCCCGUGUUCGUGCGGAUUUUUACUCUUAAAAGCACUGUGGAAACGGUUCUAAGCAGGAUUUCUAAUCAUUUCCGGUUACUUCGACCUUGGAUUUUAUAACUGGAUGAAUAGAAUUCGCCCUCACGAGACGUCAAAGGGACCAUAUCAAAGUAGUUGUCUAGGACCGAUGGGUUUCACAAUGGGGUGCAGCCCGUCAUCACGGCCCACCCCAGAGGAGCAGGAGGCGAGAGCCAGGAGCAGACAGAUCAAUAAAAGUCUCCGACAGGAUCACGAGCACGACAUGAGGAAGAUUAAGCUGCUACUCUUGGGCAUCGGAGAGUCGGGGAAGAGUACCGUAGUGAAACAAAUGAAGAUUAUACACAUUGAUGGCUUCGAUGAUAAGGAAAGGCGGGACAAGAUCCAAUAUAUCAAGAAGAACUUGCAAGAAAGUAUAGUUACAAUAGUUAACGCGAUGGCGACCCUGGGAAUUGGGUACCGAGACUCCAUAAGUCAAGACAGUGCCGAGUAUAUCAUGACGCAGGCGACGAGCAGGGAUUACGACUUCCCCGAUGAAUUCUUUUAUCAUGCUAAGAUUCUGUGGGAAGAUGAUGGAAUCAAGGCAUGCUAUGACAGAUCUCACGAAUAUCAGCUCAUAGAUUGUGCAGCAUACUUCCUGAAUCGAAUAGAUGCUAUAAGAGAAGACGACUAUAUGCCAACUGACCAGGACAUCCUCCGAUGUCGGGUCAUGACCACUUCCAUCAACAAGAUCGAUUUCAUGAUCAAGGAUAGAAGAAAGAACGUACAUUUCAGUGCAUACGACGUGGGUGGUCAGAGAGGAGAGCGGCGACGAUGGAUCCAAGUAUUUGAAUGUGUGACGGCCAUUUUGUUUAUCGUGGACAGUAGCAGCUUUGAUCAAACGCUCAGAGAGGACGAGUCUAAGAACAGAUUGUUAGAAUCACUGGAGAUUUUUGAACAAACUUGGAAAAAUAGAUUCUUAAGAACUGUGUCGUGCAUUUUAUUCAUUAACAAAAUCGACAAGUUAAAAGAAAAGGUGGACGGUGGUCGGACGGUGCAGCAGAUGAUUUCACAGGUGCCAGCCAAUGACACUCCAGGAAGUUUAUACAAAAUCAUCAAAAAACUUGAUUAUCCAACAUUCCAACCAAAAGAUGCAGAAAGGAAGAAGUUCCUCGGUUCCUACCCAGGCUACCAGGCAGGCAAGAAACUCUCAAAAAGCCACUCAAUAGGUGACGCCACACGGUUGUCAUUGGACCACGGAUUAAUUAGUCAAGAUGUGAUUAAAAAUGCAGUGUUUAUUCAAAGAAUGUUCACGUCGAUUGCCCAGCAGAAGCCGACAGAUGAGGAGGAAGCACACACGUGCCAUUACUACUACACAUGCGCAGUCAAUACGGACAACGUGCAGAAAGUGCUUAACGGAACCAAGUCGAUUGUGAUCACGGAACAUUUGAGACGAUUUGGGAUUCUUUGAAUCUUUUGGCGGGAGAUGCUCUUUGGAGUAUGGCAUAGUGUGCUAAAGGGACAAGUAGCAGACAGGAUUUUGUGAUCGGCUGAAAACAUCUGAAAACAUUUUGCCAUUUGGUAAACUUGACUGGAUGCUUGCCAGUGUUUGUUCUUUAAUGUACCCACCCGUUUUUCCAGUAUUUAGCCGCCUCGGUUGACGCAUCCGAAUGAGGCUACUGUUUGUAUAUACUAUGUAGAUUAUGUAUAGAGUUUGUCAUUUAUUUGUACCACAGUGAAGACAGUAUUGUGUAAAUAAAAGGUCAAGAUGUUUGAAAUAUUACUUAUCCGUAUUUUCGUCUAACGUUCAGUUUUUGUCAAUCGGUAGACGACGAACGCCGACAGAUUUAACUUUGAUGCCAAUAUGUUCCCUUAAAUGACCAUCGACUCACUAGCGGCAUUUUCUCAGCACGAAAGCCUCGAGAAGUCUCGGGGAGGAUACUGACUCUAUAUAUAUGGACUAUGGAGGGGCACAAAAAAGCCAUGAUAUAACCUCAAGUGCAUUACUGACCAUUGUGGUUAUUGAGCGCCAACAGUCUCCGAAAACGUCCAUUGCGCAGACUUGAAGGCACCUCUUAUAAUUAUGGCCAACAGG